UCGCGGCGGGGCCGUGGUGUACGUGCCGAGCGCGCAGAGCGAGUGGCGCCCGGACGCCCUGCGCUCCACCACAGGCCGGCUGGGUGCCCGGGACGCGGAGGCGGCCAAGGAGGCAGGUCUCGCGCGCCCGAGCGGAGGUCGCCGUCCAUCGCGCAGGCCGCGUUCCCUCGGCCCGCGGGGGCAAUGAGGCGCUGAGGCGGCAGCCGGCGCUGCGCUGCCGGACCCGAGGACUAGGCAGCGGCCAGGCCGACGGCGGGGAGCCGGCCUUCCUCAGGCGAGGAGCGGCGGGUGCAUGGCGCAGUGACGGGCCCUGCCGCUCUGCCCGCUCCCCGGUCCAGGGCGAGGCCGUCCGGCCGUCACCCCUCCUGCUCGGCCGCCGCCAUGGCCAAUGACAGCGGCGGGCCCGGCGGGCUGAGCCAGAGCGAGCGAGACCGGCAGUACUGCGAGCUGUGCGGGAAGAUGGAGAACCUGCUGCGCUGCGGCCGCUGCCGCAGCUCCUUCUACUGCAGCAAGGAGCACCAGCGUCAGGACUGGAAGAAGCACAAGCUCGUGUGCCAGAGCGGCGAGGGCGCCCCCGGCCACGGGGCGGGACCGCACCCGCACGCCGGCCCCGCGCCGGCCUCCGCCGCGCCGCCGCCCAGGGCCACCGGGGCCAGGGAGGCCCGGAAGGCGGCGCCGCGCCGGGAGAGCGCCGCCGCCGCUGCCGGGGACGCGGCCAAGGCAAAGGCCAAGCCCGCGGCGGCCGCGUCCCCGCCUCGCGCGGCGCCCGGCGGCCGGGACCCUGCGGCGGCAGCCGAGGCGGAGGAGGCGCUGGGCCGCUCGUCGCUGUUCCAGGAGAAGGCGAACCUGUACCCGCCGAGCAACACGCCGGGCGAGGGGCUGAGCCACGGCGGCGGCCUGCGGCCCAACGGGCAGACGAAGCCGCUGCCGGCGCUGAAGCUGGCGCUGGAGUACAUCGUGCCGUGCAUGAACAAGCACGGCAUCUGCGUGGUGGACGACUUCCUGGGCAAGGAGACCGGGCAGCAGAUCGGCGAGGAGGUGCGCGCCCUGCACGACACCGGCAAGUUCACGGACGGCCAGCUGGUCAGCCAGAAGAGCGACUCGUCCAAGGACAUCCGAGGCGAUCAGAUCACCUGGAUCGAGGGCAAGGAGCCCGGCUGCGAAACCAUUGGGCUGCUCAUGAGCAGCAUGGACGACCUGAUCCGCCACUGUAACGGGAAGCUGGGCAACUACAAAAUCAAUGGCCGGACGAAAGCCAUGGUUGCUUGUUACCCAGGCAAUGGAACAGGAUAUGUACGUCAUGUUGAUAAUCCGAAUGGAGACGGAAGAUGUGUGACGUGUAUAUAUUAUCUUAACAAGGACUGGGACGCCAAGGUAAGUGGAGGUAUACUUCGAAUUUUUCCAGAAGGCAAAGCCCAGUUUGCUGACAUUGAACCUAAAUUUGAUAGACUGCUGUUUUUCUGGUCUGACCGUCGCAACCCUCAUGAAGUACAACCAGCAUAUGCUACAAGGUACGCAAUAACUGUUUGGUAUUUUGAUGCAGAUGAGAGAGCACGAGCUAAAGUAAAAUAUCAAACAGGUGAGAAAGGUGUGAGGGUUGAACUAAAUAAACCUUCUGAUUCAAUCAGUAAAGACGUCUUAUAGAGAGACUUUGAUCCAGCAAUACCCCCACUUCACCUACAAUAAUGUUGACGCUGUUUGUUAACUUGUGACUGCAAAUAAAUGGGAUACAGAAAAACAGACAACCAGUUGGCAUUUUCAUAAGGAAACAGAAACAACUUUUUUGUGUUGCAUCAGAAAGAAGAUUUGACUGUAUGGCUUUGUACUGCAUGACUGACUCCAGACCUGUAAUUGCUGUGGGAAGAAUAUAAGCUGUCAGCUGAAAACGGUAUUUACAUCUGGACAUGAAAUAAGUGCCCGAAGUAGAAUUGUUUCAUUCUCGUAUUUUGCCCAAUCUGUCAUCUAGCUAAGUUCAUUUCAUCUCUCCCUUUUUUAUAUAGUCAAGUUUGAAUUUGAAGUAAUUUUUGUAUGAUCAGGUACAAUCUAUCAAAACUUAAUUGAGAAAAAAAAUUACAGUAUUAUUCCCCAAAGUAGCAUCAAUCUAUUUUUGUAAACCUCUUCAUACUAUUAAAUUUUGCCCUAAAAUACUGCUUAUAAUGAUUGUUGCUAGUGACUGAUGAUUACUUAAAUUUUCUUUUUACCUAAAAUAAGGAGCACUUUAAUUACCAGCUGAAAAAUCGGAUUGUUUUGUCAUCCUGUCUUACACUAAUUUGAACUCUUAAAAAUUGCUGCUGUUGUUUUUUUGAUACUGUUAAUAAUGAAACAUAACAGUAAAACCACCACCAUUUACUACCAAUAA